AGAAACUGAAACACAGCAGUUGUGUAAUUUGUCCAGAAUAUUUGGAUACUUUUUGGGAGAGGGUGUGUUGUGGUGUUGGUUCUUAUAUCCAUAAAUUAUAAGAUCUCUCUCUUGCUCAUCCUCUUUUCUUUGGACCCCAUGCUGGAGUAAACUCGACCCUAGAACUUAUAGUAAGGGGUCAGGUACACGUUUCAGAAUACCAGUAAAUCAGGUAUUAGAAAUAGUGCUGCCUGUAUAGGAACACAUGGCCCAGUCUAGUCUAAUUCCCUUUGGUACGUGGGGCAAUUGGUUUGUCAUUGAGAAAAAGUUUGGAUGGAAUAGCAUACCCCUUUUCUAACAUCAGCAAAAUAGUAGUACCCAAAUGUGGCAAAGCAAAUAAAGAAAAUGACAAGCCAGUCUUAUGAUUAUUGAUGUAAAAAUUCCUAAGGAAAUACCAGCAUAUACAGUAUAAUCCUCCAAAAUGUAAUAAUGUUUCUAUAUUAGUAAAUCUGUUAAUAUAGUUCACAAUAUUAGUAACUCAAAGAAGAAAUUAUGAUCAUCUUAAUAUAUCAUUUUAAUGCAAUACACAUUUUUAAUUUUUUUCUUAAAUCUUUCAUGUAGGAGGAAAACAUUUCUAUAAGUGACUUUUUAAAGGCUACAUAUUAUGUGGUGUGUAAAUGUAUAGUUGUAUAUAAACUUAUAAUUACAUACAGCUAACACUUACUGAGUGCGUACUGUGUGCCUGGCACUGUUCCAGGUGUCAAGUGUUUUACAUGUAUUAGCUCAUUAAAUUUCAAAACAACUAUUUAUAUGUGUGUGUGUGUGUGUGUAUUUUAUUUCUUAACAGAUGAGGCAUGAGGAGGUAAAUUUGCCCAACGUGAUAGAUGUAUAUGUUUUAUAUGUAUAUGUAUGUACAACCUAACCAGCCAUCAAUAUAAUGCUUAAUAAUAAAACACUAGACGCAUUCCCAUUAAUAUCAGGAAUGACACAAAAUAACCAUUGUUAACAUUACAAUGUAAUUAGACAGAAGUAUGAAGCAAGAGAUGUAAAAAUUGGUAAGGAAGAGGCAAUCGGAUGAUUUUACAUUAUUAUAUAUGCCUGGAAAACCCAAGAGCCUCAGUGAAACACUAAUAGAAACAUUGAGUUCACUGAGAUACCUAGUUCACUAAAGUUUUAUGUACAAGAAUAAAAAUAAUUAUUUUUUAGACACCAACAAUAACUAGUUAGAAAAUAUAAGGGAAGAAAAAAACCUCCAUUCACAGCAAGAACAAAAGCAAAAUAUUUUAAGACAAGUUUAAAAAGAAAUUUAUAAGCCCCCUACAAAGAAAUCUAGGAACUGUAUUGAAAGAGGAAAUUUCAAUCAAUUAUUCUUGAUUAAACAAUAUAGUAAAUCAGUAGUGCUUUUUAAACAAGGAUUACUACAACACAAUCUCCAUCAAACUCCCAACAGCAGCUUUUCUAUUAAAACUUGUCAAACUAAUUCUUAAGUAGCUGGAAGCAUAUACAUGCAAAAGAUUCUUGUAUGAUUCCCACGCUGUGUAAAGUUUUGAGGUGCGUUGCCCUUCAAAGCUCUGCAUGACAUGGCUGGUCUUGACCUUGACCUUUCUGACCUCAUUUGCUGACUCCUCCCCUUUCUCACCUGCCACCAGACAUACUGGCCACCUUGCUGUCCUGUGGACGCUCUCAUCUCUGGGCUUUGUACUUAACCCUCCUUCCUCCUGUUACAUAUUCCUUUCACUUCAUUUAGGUAUCUGCACAAAUACCACCCUAUCAUAAAGGCCUUCCCUGAUUAAAAGUUUCUCUAUAGCAUUUACCAUCACCUGACGUGUAUUUACUGUUUACAUUCUCUCCCUUUGUGAGUUUGGUGAGAGAAGAGACUGGCUUUGUUCUUGCUGCAUCCCCAGCACCUGGCACCUAGGAGGUGCCCGUUUGCUGAAUGAAACUGGCAUUAAAAAUUACAGGAAUACGGGGUGCUUUGCAUUCAAGAAUACAGAAAAAACAGCAAAGUGGAGUCAAGUACACAUAACAGCUUCAUGGGCUUGAAGGAUCAUCUGGGGCAUGACCUAGGCCACCUUUAUGUGGAGAGCACUGACCCACAUUUAAGUGCAUCUGUACCUUGGUCAAUGGUAGAAAAACCAACAAUGGAUAAAGUUAAUUCCGGAAAGGAAGAAAAAGAGGUGUCUGAAGAGAAUGCGAGCUCUGGUGACUCUGAAGAAAGCACAAAUUCUGAUAAUGAGUCAGAACAAUUGAGUAGCAUUUCGGUAGAGCCAUGCUUAUUAACCAAGACUCACAGACAACUAUGUAGGUCUCCGUGUUUAGAGCCUCACAUACUCAAACGCAGUGAAAUUUUGCAAGACUUUAAACCUGAAGAGUCUCAGCCAACCAAGGAAGUGAGGAAACCCCCUGAUGUGGUGCGAGAGUACCAAACAAAACUGGAGUUUGCACUGAAAUUAGGUUAUUCUGAAGAACAGGUUCAGCUUGUGCUAAACAAACUUGGUACCGAUGCUUUAAUCAAUGAUAUUUUGGGAGAACUUGUCAAACUUGGAAAUAAAAGUGAGGCUGAACAAACGGUUAGUACAAUUAACAGUAUAAUGAGGGAAACAUCUUCCCUGGAAUCUCAGCGGUCUGAGUCUCCGAUGCAAGAGAUUGUAACAGAUGAUGGGGAAAAUCUGAGACCAAUAGUUAUCGAUGGCAGCAAUGUGGCGAUGAGCCAUGGAAACAAAGAAGUCUUUUCCUGCCGAGGAAUAAAAUUAGCAGUGGAUUGGUUUUUGGAAAGAGGCCACAAGGAUGUUACCGUCUUUGUCCCUGCUUGGAGGAAAGAGCAAUCCCGACCUGACGCACUCAUCACAGAUCAAGAAGUUCUACGCAAAUUAGAGAAGGAGAAAAUCCUGGUGUUCACACCGUCCCGGAGAGUGCAGGGGAGGCGAGUGGUGUGCUAUGAUGACAGGUUCAUCGUGAAGCUGGCGUUUGAGUCGGAUGGUAUAAUUGUAUCCAAUGAUAACUACAGGGAUUUGGCAAAUGAGAAACCAGAAUGGAAAAAGUUCAUAGAUGAGCGACUAUUAAUGUAUUCAUUUGUCAAUGACAAGUUCAUGCCCCCAGAUGACCCUCUUGGCAGACAUGGCCCAAGCCUGGAUAAUUUUCUGAGGAAGAAACCUAUUGUUCCUGAACACAAAAAGCAGCCUUGUCCAUAUGGAAAGAAGUGUACCUAUGGACACAAGUGCAAAUAUUAUCAUCCAGAAAGGGGCAGUCAGCCUCAGCGGUCAGUGGCUGAUGAACUGCGUGCCAUGUCUAGAAACACAGCAGCCAAAACUGCAAAUGAGGGAGGACUGGUGAAAAGCAACAGUGUCCCCUGCAGCACUAAAGCCGACAGCACUUCCGAUGUUAAGCGAGGUGCUCCAAAGAGGCAAUCGGAUCCAAGCAUAAGGACUCAAGUCUACCAAGACCUAGAGGAAAAGCUUCCCACCAAAAACAAACUGGAAACCAGGUCUGUACCUUCCUUAGUUAGUAUACCGGCUACUUCUACCGCAAAACCCCAAAGCACUACAUCUUUAAGCAAUGGCCUUCCAUCUGGAGUUCAUUUCCCACCUCAGGAUCAAAGACCACAGGGACAAUAUCCUCCAAUGUUGAUGGCAACCAAAAAUCAUGGAACGCCAAUGCCUUAUGAACAGUAUCCAAAAUGUGACUCGCCUGUCGACAUUGGAUAUUAUUCCAUGUUGAAUGCAUAUUCAAAUCUGAGUAUCUCAGGCCCACGAAGUCCUGAAAGGCGUUUCUCCUUAGACACAGACUAUAGGAUAAGCUCUGUCGCCUCUGACUGCAGCAGUGAAGGGAGCAUGAGCUGCGGGAGCAGUGACUCGUACGUGGGGUACAGUGACCGCUCCUACGUCAGUUCUCCUGACCCACAGCUGGAGGAGAAUCUGAAGUGUCAACACAUGCACCCUCACAGCCGCCUUAAUUCUCAGCCCUUCCUGCAGAAUUUCCACGACCCCUUAACCAGAGUGCAGAGUUACAGUCACGAAGAACCAAAGUACCAUCACAAACCUCCCCUCCCACACCUGGCCGUACACCUGCAGCACGCCGCCGUGGGGGCCCGGUCCAGCUAUCCUGGCGAUUACCCGUCUCCUCCGAGUUCAGCGCACUCGAAGGCACCACACCUGGGGCGGUCCUUGGUGGCCACGAGAAUAGACAGCAUUUCUGACUCUCGGCUGUAUGACAGUUCUCCUUCCAGACAAAGAAAGCCUUACACCCGCCAGGAAGGGCUGGGAAGCUGGGAUAGGCAGAGCUACGGGAUCGACGUGUACGGCUACCGGCAGACUUAUUCUUUGCCUGACACCUCCACGCAGCCGUGUUACGAGCAGUUCACCUUCCAGAGCCUCCCUGAGCAGCCGGAGCCCACCUGGCGCAUCCCGUACUGCGGAGUGCCGCAAGACCCCCCCAGGUACCAAGACAGCAGAGAAAAGAUUUAUAUCAACUUGUGCAACAUCUUCCCACCUGACCUUGUGAGAAUUGUCAUGAAAAGGAACCCUCACAUGACAGACGCCCAGCAGCUGGCUGCAGCCAUUUUAGUGGAGAAAUCACAGCUGGGUUAUUGAAAGAUGAUGCAUCUUUGUGGUGUUUAGUAGUUUUUUGUUCAGCUCAAAUGCUGAGGGAGGUUUGCUACAAUAGCACAUGUGAUCUCCUUCUCAGCAAGGAGGUUAUAUAGUAUCCAUUUAUGUGAAAUACUGUAUCAUGGAAUCUGUAUGUAUCGCCCCACAUAGUGGAAGUAUCACGGGAUUGCUUUACAUUCAAACUUUUUUUUAAUAUUUCCUUUUUAAAGCUAUAUCCUUGGCUGGAAAUUUUUCCAGUUUGAUUUAUUAGAUGUAUCUGUGAUCUUUGAUAUUAAUCUUUGGUGCAUCAGGGGUUUAUAUGCAGCACUUUUUAUCCUUGUUUCAUGUUUUAUUAACUUGGUGUUUGUCUAUCAAUUGCAAGCAAUUACAAUACCUUCAGAAUGUUGAACAUUUGACUAGACCUAGCAAACUAUUUUUUCAAGCCAAGCAUAAUUGGAAUCUUUUACAGCUUUUUAAGUUAUUUUUAUUUGGGGAAAGUGGGCUUCUUUGUGCUAUAAUCAUUAUUUAUAGAAACAAAGUUAUAUACUACAGCACUGACUUUAUAUUUUAAACAAAAUGAAAGUUACCAGUUUAUGUUGAAAUGGGUAACAGUAUAUAUUAGAAUGAUUUACAGUAUGGCACUUUUCGUUGUUUUAUUUUCGUUUGGAUUUUCUGUGUUAAGUAAUUUGUUAAUUUAAUAUGGUUGAUUUAAAGGAAAGCAGAUGCAAUCAAUGGAAAAAAUUGUUUCCAUUUUUUUUUUUUA